CUCACAACAUGUGGACAAUCACAAGCACGCUCCUGCUUGCAUGCUGCCUCCAGGCAGCUUUAGUUCAGAGCCAGGACCACGACGACAUCGAGCCAGGACACACGGGGAACGUUUGGGAAGACAUGCUUGACUUUUUCACCAGAGACACCAGAGAUGAAUGCAGCAUGAGCAUAAGAACACAAGAUGAUCUGACGAAGCUCCGCAUCACUUGCCUGGGCAUGGAGCGCUCUUACUGGUGUGAAUAUCAGGGCAAGCCUCAGGUCUGCCGCACUUACAAUAACAGACCACAGCAUUACUUCAGGCAGAUCAUGUGGGACCUCCGCAAGCUGACGAAUGCUUGCCAGGGCCAGCGUGUCCUCAGGCCUUUAAUGUGCAGGAGAGCAUCAAACGAAGCCCAGAUGGUCUUCACAAGCGCUUCCUCAUCAUACGCCGAGCCACAGGAAAGGCGCUACAGACCUGUGCAGGUGAGACCACAACAACGGGAGCAGAGGCCAAAGCCUACUACACCACAAACAUUAAGAACCCAACCAGCCAGAAUUAUUCAGGACAAACCAAAUCAACCCAAAGCUGUCAAAUCCACCACACAGAGGAGAAUCAUUACACCAAAACCUACUGUGCCACAACCAACUACGCAGGUACCAUUGAGUGAGGCCAAGAAACUUGCCCAGGAUUACUGCUGGCGCUCAUUUCGGGGAGUGUGUUCCUUUGUCAUAGGGUGGUUCAGAAACUAAGAAAAAGCCAAUCACAAUCCUGCAAACAACAAAACCCCAUUCAAGAUUACUCCAAAUGUCUAAGAGCAGGAAGGUUUUGGACUAACAGAGAGAAAUGGAGGUGUGUGUUACGACUGACAUGACUCUGAGAACACCAUCAAUAUAUUCUUAUGUAUUGUAAACGUACAGACUCUGAUCUAAUCGUUAUCAGAAUUGACAAGAUUACACUGCUAGUUAUCAAAAAAUGUAGAUGUUGAGCAUAAUGCUGCCAUGUUUUUCUAUAUGAUGAGGAACUUCAUGUGUACUGAAUACUAUUUGUAUUAAUCUUGCUAUGUUAUAUAUUUAUGAGUGCUGACCAAUUAUUGGUCAGUAUUUCUGAAAGCUGUGGAGCCGCAGGUCACUUCAGACUG